CCAAAUCCUUACAAGAAUGAAGAGGAAGCUAGAUUAGCCAACAAUGGUGCUUUACCUCCAGACCUGAGUUAUAUGGCUUUAGCACGUCAUGGUGGAGAAGAUUAUGUUUAUGCAUUAUUGACUGGGUACUGUGACGCACCUGCUGGGGUGGAGGUCCGUGAAGAAUUAUACUAUCACCCUUACUUCCCUGGACAAGCUAUAGCCAUGGCUCCUGCACUUUAUAAUGAAAUUAUUGAAUAUGAUGAUGGCACCCCAGCUACACUAAGUCAACUUGCUAAGGAUGUCUGCACCUUCCUAAGAUGGGCUGCAGAACCUGAACAUGAUCAGCGUAAAUUAAUGGGAAUGAAGAUGUUAAUGAUUAUGUCAGUGCUAGUUAGUGUAGCCUUCUAUGUGAAGAAAACAAAAUGGUCCGUGCUUAAAUCAAGAAAGAUUGCCUACAAGCCACCGGCAUAAUUUCUUAAGGAGAGUGAAUAUUUUAGACAGAGUUUGUGUUUGAGCCAACAUUGUUAAUAGUGGAAUGACAGGAAGACACAAUUCCAUCAUUUCUAAAGAAAGUUCAUAUUAAUACAUACACCUAUUAUGUCCACUGUGGCAUAAAUCCUGUAUAUUUACAUCAGAGCAAUAUAAAUU